AUGGGUUGCAUGAGCUCCAAGCAGGCCGAAGCAGCGGAUAAAGAAGCUGUUCAGCGGACAGCUCGGAUAGACAAAACGCUGAAGAAUGACAAGAAAUUGAUGGACAGGACAAUCAAGAUUCUUCUACUGGGUAAAUCAACAAUUAUCAAACAAAUGCGCCAUUCAGGGUUUCCUGAGGAUGAGCGACGACAGACACGUGCGGUUAUAUACUCUAAUCUAGUCAUCGCAUUUAAGGUUUUGCUGGAUAUUAUGCGCACAGAGCAGAUUGAUUUCGAACUCGAGAAUACAAAGCAAUUGGAUUUCAUAGACAAUCUAGAGCCCGAUGUAGGAUCGGACGAAGCAUUUUCAGAUUACAAGGUCCGCGAUGCCAUGAGGGAGAUGUGGGUUGACGCAGGGGUGCAAAAAGCCGUGUCUCGAGGUCACGAGUUUGCUCUACAUGACAAUUUGCAAUACUUUUUCGGGUCGCUUGACCGGUUAUUCAAGCCCGGUUGGCUACCAGACAACCAGGACAUGCUGCAGGCCCGUUUAAGGACAACUGGUAUCACCGAGACUCUCUUCGAGCUGGGGCAAAUGAAUUUCAGAAUGAUGGACGUUGGUGGGCAACGCUCUGAGCGCAAAAAAUGGAUACACUGUUUUGAAGGUGUCCAGUGCCUUCUUUUGUGCUUAGUAGAGGAUCAAAAUGCCGUAAGUCGAAUUCAGCCUCAGUGCUUCUGA